GCGAGCCCGGGUUCUGUGGCCCAUUUGCCCUGUGGCCUUGAGCAAGCCCCUCCCCCAGGCCUCGGGGGCUCUCCCAGUUUGGGGGAACCGGGCGAGGCAAUGCCACAGGCCCAGGGUCAGAGGGGGUGGGCACUUGCAGCCGCCGCUGUGGCCGGGUCUGGAACUUCUCAGACGGCUCCUGUCAGCGCCAAGUUUCACCAAAUCCAGGCCUGCGGGCUCCUCCCCCAGGACCCCCACUCGCAGUCCCUCAAGCCUGUGCUCCCGGAAAGGCACUGGGCGACCGCACGCGUGGCUUUCUCUGGGGGACCGGGUCCCAGACUCCCUCCAGCACAGCAGAGCGCCUCCCUGCCCAUCCGCGGAAACGGCCCCAGGAUGCAGCACCGAGGCUUCCUCCUCCUCACCCUCCUCGCCCUGCUGGCGCUCACCUCCGCGGUGGCCAAAAAGAAAGAUAAGGUGAAGAAGGGCGGCCCGGGGAGCGAGUGCGCUGAGUGGGCCUGGGGGCCCUGCACCCCCAGCAGCAAGGAUUGCGGCCUGGGUUUCCGCGAGGGCACCUGCGGGGCCCAGACCCAGCGCAUCCGGUGCAGGGUGCCCUGCAACUGGAAGAAGGAGUUUGGAGCCGACUGCAAGUACAAGUUUGAGAACUGGGGUGCGUGUGAUGGGGGCACAGGCACCAAAGUCCGCCAAGGCACCCUGAAGAAGGCGCGCUACAAUGCUCAGUGCCAGGAGACCAUCCGCGUCACCAAGCCCUGCACCCCCAAGACCAAAGCAAAGGCCAAAGGUCAGGGAAAGGAGAAGGGGGUGGGGCUGUCGCAGGGGGCUGCCCCCCCGCCUGUGAGGGGACCAUUCCAAGUUAAACCUUGAGUUUUGAGUCCUGGCCAGUGGCUUCCUGACAUCGCCUCACUUGGCUUCCCUGCCUGGAAAAGUCUGAGAUGGGCACUACAAGAGAGGCCGCAGGUGAUGCUGGGGACAGAAAUCCUCCCUGGCCCAAAUAGGGACCACUCCAACCACUCCAUUGGAGCAUCCGGCUCAGGACCCAGGGAGAGUGUCCUGGAAUGGCUUGCCUUUGCCAGUUCUCCAGCCACUGGCAGCAUUUGGUCAGCUCUGCCCUUUCUAGUCUUGGGAGGAGGUCAAGGCCCACCCUGGGCCUCUCAGCUCACUCCUGACUCAGCCCAGCGAGGCCAACAGGGCAGGGGUGAAUCUGCCCGCUUCUCAGGUGAGGAGGCUGAGGCUGUCCUGGACCAGCACUGGAAACUUGAAGGUUUUCUGAUCCCAAGUGGAAAUAGGAAGCUGGGGGUGUCCGAUGUCCACAUCACAAUAGCUGCCUCAUCCCUUGCUUCCGGGUCAGCUGAUUGGAAACCACUAGGGGGCAGAAUCUUCUCCUUCCGUGAUGCCUGGGUGUUUGUGGAGCCGGCGGUCUGCAAUGGGUCGGCCUAACUGCUGAUAUGGUAUUAAUAUUUCUUUCUUGUUUUACAGCCAAGAAAGGGAAGGGAAAGGACUAGAUGCCAAGCCUGGAUGCCAAGGAGCCCCUGGUGCCACAUGGGGCCUGGCCCACGCCCUCCCUCUCCCAGGCCCGAGAUAUGACCCACCAGUGCCUUCUGUCUGCUUGUUAGCUUUAAUCAAUCAUGCCCUGCCUUGUUCCUCUCACUCCCCAGCCCCACCCCUAAGUGCCCAAAGUGGGGAGGGACAAGGGAUUCUGGGAAGCUUGAGCCUCCCCCAAAGCAAUGUGAGUCCCAGAGCCCGCUUUUGUUCUUCCCCACAAUUCCAUUACUAAGAAACACAUCAAAUAAACUGACUUUUUUCCCCCCCCAAUAAAA